AUGACCGUCUACUCCUUCUACAUAUUUGACCGGCACACCGAAUGCAUCUACAUGAAAUCAUGGCUCCCGACGACCGACCGCCCCGCGAGCUCCCAGACGACGUCCUCUGACGAUGCCAAGCUCAUCUUCGGCACCGUCUUCUCCCUGCGCAACAUGAUACGCAAGCUGGGCGGCGACGACGACGCCUUCAUCAGCUUCAAGACGGCCAACUACAAGCUGCACUACUACGAGACCCCCUCCAACCUGCGCUUCGUCCUCCUCACCGACACGGGGACCCUGAGCAUGCGCAACGUCCUUCACCAGAUAUACAUCAACCUCUGGGUAGAAUAUGUUGUCAAGAACCCCCUCUCGCCGGUCGAGCACAAGGGCGGUGAGGGUGUGAAGAACGAGCUGUUCGAGCUUGGCCUCGACCAAUUCAUCCGAGGCCUUAUGUGA